UGGUCCAAUCAGCUUCGUCGCAGAAAGUGCCGGGGUAAACGCAUGUUGAACCACACGAACUGCAAAACAAAACUGGAUUAGCGAUAAAUUAGUAAAACCAGACGCCACCGGGUGCGGAAUAAGGGCGGGCCCGUGUUUGUAUCCGUCCUAGACAUCAGUAGAGUGAUGGACGCUGAGGGCUUUGGGGAGCUGCUGCAGCAGGCAGAGCAGCUCGCGGCCGAGACAGAGGCCGUGUCCGAGCUGCCUCAUGUUGAGAGGAACCUGCAGGAGAUCCAGCAGGCCGGAGAGCGGCUGCGAUCCCGCACGCUGACCCGGACCUCGCAAGACGCCGCCGAUGUCAAAGCGUCCAUCCUGCUGGGCUCCAGAGGUUUGGACAUCUUCCAUAUUUCUCAGAGGUUGGAGAGUCUGAGUGCUGCCACCACCUUCGAGCCGCUGGAGCCGGUCAAAGACACUGACAUACAGGGCUUCUUGAAGAACGAGAGAGACAACGCCCUCCUGUCAGCCAUCGAGGAGUCACGCCGCAGGACGUUCCUAUUGGCUGAGGAGUACCACCGAGAGUCCAUGCUGGUCCAAUGGGAGCAGGUGAAGCAGCGAGUGUUGCACACACUGCUCGGGGCAGGAGAGGACGCGCUGGACUUCAGUCAGGAUGUGGAGCCCAGCUUUGUGAGCGAGGUGGCGGCUCCAGGACGGAGCGCCCUGGACAGCGUGGAGGUGGCCUACGGGCGGCAGAUCUACAUCUUCAAUGAGAAGAUAGUGAACGGUCACAUCCAGCCAAACCUGGGCGACCUGUGCGCUUCUGUAGCAGAGAGCCUGGAUGACAAGAACGUGUCGGACAUGUGGCUGAUGGUGAAGCAGAUGACCGACGUGCUGCUGGUCCCCGCCAAAGACACGCUGAAGAGCCGCACCGCCGUCGACAUGCAGAUGGCUUUCGUACGCCAGGCGCUCGCCUUCCUCGAGAACAGCUAUAAGAACUACACCAUGGUGACGGUGUUCGGGAACCUCCAUCAGGCGCAGCUCGGCGGCGUUCCUGGAACAUACCAGCUGGUCCGCAGCUUCCUCAACAUCAAACUGCCAGGGCCGCUGCCUGGCAUGCAGGAUGGAGAGAUCGAGGGCCACCCGGUGUGGGCUGUGAUCUACUACUGUCUGCGCUGCGGCGAUCUGAGCGCAGCCAUGCAGGUUGUGAACAGAGUGCAGCACCAGCUGGGCGACUUCAAGACCUGGUUCCAGGAGUACAUGAACAGCCCCGACCGGCGCCUCUCUCCGACCUCAGAGAACAAGCUGCGUCUGCAUUACCGCCGCGUGCUGAGGAACAGCGCCGACCCCUACAAGAGAGCCGUCUACUGCCUGAUCGGCAAGUGUGACGUCAGCGACAACCACGGCGAGGUGGCCGACAAGACCGAGGACUACCUCUGGCUUAAGUUGAACCAGGUGUGUUUUGAUGACGACGGCAGCAGCUCUCCCCAGGACAGACUGACCCUGCCGCAGCUCCAGAAGCAGCUGCUGGAGGACUACGGGGAGUCUCACUUCUCGGCGAGCCAGCAGCCCUUCCUGUAUUUCCAGGUCCUGUUCCUAACGGCCCAGUUCGAGGCGGCGGUGGCGUUCCUGUUUCGGGUGGAGCGCCUGCGGAGCCACGCCGUGCACGUGGCGCUGGUCCUGUACGAGCUGCGGCUGCUGCUCAAGUCGUCCGGACAGAGCGCCCAGCUCCUGAGCCAGGAGCCCGGCGACCCCCCCAUGGUGCGCCGCCUCAACUUCAUCCGCCUGCUCAUGCUUUACACCCGCAAGUUUGAGUCCACUGACCCGCGAGAGGCCCUGCAGUACUUCUACUUCCUGCGUAACGAGAAGGACAGUCAGGGGGAGAACAUGUUCAUGCGCUGCGUCAGCGAACUCGUCAUCGAGAGCCGGGAGUUUGACAUGCUGCUGGGCCGGCUGGAGAAGGACGGCAGCAGGAAGCCCGGAGUCAUCGACAAGUUUGCCGGCGACACGCGAGCCAUCAUCAGCAAAGUGGCUCUGGAGGCCGAGAACAAAGGCCUGUUUGAGGAGGCGGUGAAACUCUACGAGCUCGCCAAGAACCCAGAUAAAGUUCUGGAGUUGAUGAACAGGUUGUUGAGUCCGGUCCUCGCCCAGGUCAGCGCUCCGCAGUCCAACAAGGAGAGGCUAAAAAACACCGCUGUGGCCAUAGCUGAGAGGUAUCGCUCUCAGGGAAUCACAGGGGAGAAGUCGGUGGACAGCACCUUCUACCUGCUGCUCGACCUCAUGACCUUCUUCGACGAGUAUCACGCAGGGCACAUCGACCGAGCCUACGACGUGAUGGACCAUUUGAAGCUUCUUCCCCUCAGUCAGGACAGUGUGGAGGAGAGAGUGGCUGCCUUCAGGAACUUCAGUGACGAGGUGCGUCACAACCUGUCGGAGGUGCUGCUGGCCACCAUGAACAUCCUGUUCACGCAGUACAAGCGCCUGAAGGGGGCGCCGGCCGGCACGCCGGGGCGGCCGCAGAGGACCAUCGAGGACAGAGACACGCAACUGCGCAGCCAGGCCCGGGCGCUCAUCACCUUCGCCGGGAUGAUUCCCUACAGGAUGGCAGGAGACACCAACGCAAGACUGGUGCAGAUGGAAGUACUGAUGAACUGACAGCACACACACACACACACACACACACACACACACCUUCAUCACCAGUCUGCACUUGUUGGUCGUCAAUCUGUCCGUAUCUGUUCUGUUUUUCCAUUUUGUUUGUUCCAUUUUUUGUAUUUUUCAUGGUUUGGAAUAAAAGUUAAGUUUGAUUUUCA